GCAUGAGCCGUUUUGGCCGACUCGAAGGAAAAAUGCACCGCUGCAACGUCAGUCGCUUUUUGGCAGUGUAUUCGGCAGGUGGCUCCAUCUGUACUCCCGCCCACCCCCAAAACACACAACCACAAAAAAAAAAAUCUCACCAGAAAACCGACGGAGCACAGCGCGCCCCAAUUCAUCCAAUUCGAUCACCGCGAAGACGUGAAGGAAAAAAGAAAAAACAGACGUAAGAAUCUCCUAAAUCACAAGCAAUCAAUCAAUUAACAGAAGACAGCCCAAGAAUGUCGCCUACAAGUGGACUAUUGACCAUCUGCCUCUGCCUUUUGGGCAUUUCGGCGACAUCUGCCAUAAUGUGCUAUCACUGCAAUAGCGAAUACGAUCCUCAGUGUGCUGAUCCAUUUGUUAAGUACGAUUUGGGCAUUAAAAAUUGUUCGUAUGAAAAUGAAUUGGAUCAUUUACCAAAUGUCCAAGCUACACUCUGCCGAAAGACAACUCAAAAGGUUUACGGUGAAAUCCGUGUGUGGCGCGGCUGUGGCUAUGUAAGGGACAAGCGAGACGAUAAGGAAUGCAUGAAAAGGAGCGGCACUCACGAUGUCCAAGCUCUCUAUUGCUCCUGCACAACGGAUCUGUGCAACACAGCUACAAACGUCAAUGCCGGCGUUGGCAUUGCCCUAGCUGUCAUUGCCAUCUGGACGUUAAUUUAAAAACAGAAAAUAUUUGAAUUAGUGUCCUAGAGAGAGAGCAUCAUGCUACACGAAAACCCUUGUAGAUAAAAAAAAAAAGAAGUAAAAAAAAAGAAGAUUAAAAAGACAGAGAAGAAAUUUAACUGCAAAAAAAAGCAACUUAGGAAUCGUAGAUAGAGCGAAGUUUUUGAAAAAAACAAAAUGAAGAAAAAAAAAACGUAUCUAAAUUGAGGCAAUUUCUACACGAUUGCACCCUCAUCAAGUGCUUAGAAAAUUAAUUAUGUUCAAUUUUUAAACAAUUUAUUUUCAAAAAAAAAAAAAAAAGGAAAACUUAAAAAAAGACCGCUUAAAAAACUGAAUUUAUUUCAAUCUUUAGGCAUUGUAGCUAAAAAAAAUAAAUAAAUAAAUAAAGCAAAAAUAAAAAUCGGUAGAAUUCGAGGAGAAUAAUUAAAAAAAAAAAACAAAAGUAUUCCAGAAAAAAAAAGAAAAGCGCAAUUAAGAUGGCACCCAAUAAGUUGUUUUUUUUUUUUUUAAACACAUCCGUCCUGCUUAUUUCCACUGAGAGACAAUUUCUUAAAUUUAUUAAUUAAAAAGAAAAAAAAUAGCGAAGGAAAAGAAAGAAAUUUAAAAGUAAAAAAAAACUGUUAAGAAAUUGAUAUAUCAUUCUGUUGGAAUUGUCACUGUAUUGUUGAUAGAUUUAAAAUAACAACAACAAAAAAAAUGCGAUCUAUUGUUAUUUAUUGAAAAGAAAAAAAGAAAUAAAAAAGUGCUUUUAUUCGAAA